CUAUGAGUUGGAAUUGACUGGAUCCAUGGCAGUGGAUUUGGUUUUUUGUGAUAUUGGGGCAUCUGCUCUGAAGUUCCCCACAGGGGGGCACUGGGUCUUGUGACUGUACACCUGACCGCCACCCACGCUUACAUGACCCACCUGUCUGGUUUCCCCGAGAAACGUCGCUUUAUUUAAUCGUGAAAAGCCCUCACUGCCAUCGAGUUGAUGCUGACGCACAGCGACCCCAUAGGACAGGGUAGGGCUGCCCUGUGAGUUUCCAAGACUUCACUGACGGCAGGCGCCGUAGUGCUCGGUUGGUGAGUGCAUGGUCAGUAGUUGGAAUCUACUGGCGGCUCUUUGGGAGAGAAGACCGGGUGAUCUCUUCCCGUCAAGGUGGCUGCCUCAGAAGCGCAGUGAGGCUGUUCUCCGCCUGACAGGGCCGCCGGGAGUCAGUCAGGAUUCACCCGCCAACACACAGCAACGCCUAAGCUAACCACCAUCACCUGGCCUUUUGAGUCUGCAAGCUCUGCCACUACCGUUGCCGGGACUUGCAGGCCUGCCUGUCUGCCACCCAAGGACAGGAGGCGGCGCAGCUUGUCAAGAGCAGAAGCUGUGAUUGUGCGUUGGGUUGGGUAAAGGCGGCUCCUCUCUCUGAAGGUGUUGGAUGCAGUGUAGUAAGUGGGAAAGAUAUAUACAGCUUGUUUAAAGUGUGUAAAAGAGCGUCCACCUGGAAGCAACGCAGAUCCCCUUGAGAGCAGGGGACUUGGGCGGUGCGGCAAUGGGAUCCCUGGUUCCUUUUGAACCGAAUCCAAAUAUUAGAAAAUGUAAAUUCUUUUUUACUUUAUAAGUAUUUCAUUGUAAACAGAAAUUUUCUUUUUUGGUCAUUUAAAUUAUGGGCCUAUUCCAAGCCUGUGGUUUGCAUUGUUUAGUCACCCUAGGAGAGGUCAUUUUGUAUUUCUUAUUAAUUAUGAGCAUUUGCGAGUAUUUCCGUGGUCCUUGUUCUCCAAGAUGGCAAACCACGCUUGCUCUGUGCUCGCUCUGCCGUUGCUUUUAAGAGGAGCCGUCACUGGGAGCUUGGGAAGGUGAGAACUGAUACUGCAUUCAUCACAAGGAAGCGAGCGGCGCAAUGGACAGCCUGGCUUACAUAUGAUUGAAAACGUAAAUUCCUUAUGGGAUGAUCAUGCUGUUUCCAAAGACCAACCAAGCCUGGACAUUUGAGGCCUUUCUCUUUGGGGGUGCACCCCCCCACCCUGCUGAUGCUAGUGGGGUGUCUCCUGCUUUCCCAGCAGCACUUGGCUCGCCAUGGGGUCCCAGGCCUCAGUGGAGGUGGGGUCGGUGCACGUGGUGAUCGUGGGCGGGGGCUUCGGCGGGAUGGCGGCCGCCAGCCAGCUCCAGGUGCUGAACGUCCCCUUCACGUUGGUGGACAUGAAGGACGCCUUCCACCACAACGUGGCAGCCCUCCGGGCCUCCGUGGAGAGUGGCUUUGCCAAAAAGACUUUCAUCUCCUACUCGGUGACCUUCAAGGACAACUUCCGGCAGGGCGUGGUGGUCGGGAUCGACCUGAAGAAUCAGACCGUGCAGCUGCAGGGCGGCGAGGUGAGCGCCGGGGUCCAUCCGCUGCCCAGUCCUAGAGGAUGCGGCUGGUUGUCCAGGAAACGCAGAGAGAUAGAGAGAGAGNNNGCCGCCAUCCAGGCCUACGAGGACAUGGUGAGGCAGGUCCAGAGCUCACAGUUCAUCGUGGUGGUAGGAGGAGGAUCCGCAGGAGUGGAGAUGGCAGCAGAGAUUAAGACAGAAUAUCCUGAGAAAGAGGUGAGGCUGCCAGCCCUGGCCUUUAACGCCAAGCGGGCCUGGGCUGCGUCUGCCACUUCAGGCCGGGAGCUUGAACACGCUCCGCUGUGGCUCUUCUUCCUGGAUGGUGAGCGGGUGAGCAACCUGAAGGAGCUGCCUCUCAAUGAGUACCGAGAGUACAUCAAAGUGCAGACUGACAAAGGCACGGAGGUGGCCACCAACCUGGUGAUCUGCUGCACUGGGAUCCAGAUCAACAGCUCUGCCUACCGCAGUGCAUUUGAGAGCAGACUGGCCAGCAACGGCGCUCUGAGAGUUAAUGAGAACCUCCAGGUGGAAGGCUACAGCAACGUCUACGCCAUCGGAGACUGUGCGGACGUGAAGGAGCCCAAGAUGGCCUAUCAUGCCGGCCUGCAUGCCAACAUCGUCACCACCAACAUCGUCAACUCCAUGAAGCAGAGGCCCCUCAAGGCCUACAAACCUGGUGCGCUGACUUUCCUCCUGUCCAUGGGAAGAAACGACGGCGUGGGCCAGAUCAGUGGCUUCUACGUAGGUCGUCUCAUGGUCCGACUGGCCAAGAGCCGGGACCUCUUUGUCUCCACGAGCUGGAAAACCAUGAGGCAGUCUCCCCCCUGAUGGGGGCCAGAGAGGGGCCGAGCUUCACCGCAGACGGUCAGUGGACGGCUGGACGGACAGCACCAGGCUGACCACUGUCAAACAGCAAGCUGUUUUCUGGAGUCAGAUGCCUACAGUGGACUGACCAGAAACGCAACUGUGUAAAAUCAACCUUAAAAAUAGAGAGAGAGGAAUUAAACAGACAGAAACUAACCAAAAAUCACCCCCAAGAGGCUUUUUUCUGGGUUUGGCAAGAUCUCCUGCAUCUGUACUGGCUGAAGGAGUCUGCGGUCUUGAGGGACCUGCCAACCUUCUCCAGCCCUGGCUCCUCCUGGGGAGCGGGAGGGGGCAUUCAGAGCUCUCUGGAAGGGAAAGGAGAGAGCUUGGUGGCUGGCAUUCCCUUGGUAAAGGCAGGCAGGACAACAUGCAGAGUGAGAUUAGCCAAGGCAGGGGAGUUGGGGUAGAGCCAACUUGCACCUGUACUUCUCCCAUCACAUCAGAAGUGGGCACUCAAACCUCUUGUACCCCCUAAAUGAAGUAGAUGGUUAAUAGAAGCCAAAUAUGUUUUAAUUCCAAAUUUAUUUUUCAAACAUUGAUUUAAAAUAUUUGUUGAACACUUAA